AUGAGGGUUUUCCUCUGCUAUGAAAGCUUCUGUGAGCAAUUUGAUGUCUCUCCAGAACAAACUAUUGGAGCCCUGAAGAAGACAGUGAAGGAUAUUUUUCUUCUGCAACUCUUGGACGAUGGGCACAUCCGACAGACCCUGGAACUGAACCAUGGUGGUGCAGUACUGCAGGACAGCUGGGCACUACGUGACAUAGGCAUCACGAGUGGAAGCACCAUCUUAUGCGCAAUAAAGAGUGAAAGGAGACCUGUGAUACAUGUGUUCAACGCUGUGACAGGAGAAUCUCUACCAAUCAUGGGAAGUCAGUGUCUACUUAAUGCAUCCGUGAGCCAAUUGAAAACCAUGGUAUCUGUGCAAAGCAGCCUUCCAGUCAGUGCAUUCAGUCUAAGCACUCCUGCUGGUGUUCCGCUUUAUGACUGCAACUUGCUGAAUGACUAUGGCAUCGAAAUGGGUAGCAAUCUCCAUUUGGACACAUGGGAUGGGUGGGUGGAGUUCCUUCAGGGUUGCCUUCAAGGCAACAGAGGGAUCGUCCAGAAAAACCUGUCAUCAGAGGAACCAAUAAUGAGGUUUCAGCUGCAGGUGGCGCUGUAUGUUGCUGCCUCUUUGGGUCACUUGGACCUGGCAAACUGGCUGCUGAAAAUGGGGGUUUCUGCUGCGGAACCAGUGGGAGUUCAUCCAUUCCGCCAGUGGUGCCAGCAGAGCGACCACCGGGAUGCCAACAAGUGUCCUAUCCACGUAGCUGUUCAGAGCAAUCAGCUCCUCAUACUCAAGCUCUUUGUCACCAAGAACCUCCUUACCUUGGCGCGUCUCGACCCUGCAGGGUUGGACCCUUUGAAAAUUGCCAUUAAGCAUGGUCAUAGAGAAUGUGCACGCUACUUAGUCAGCAAGCUGUUCUCAGCAGUAUCCGUGCUUAACACGACUCUGCCAGUGCGUAUCUACCUCAGGAUAAAACGCUGGGUGAGUUUAGGGAAAAAGAGAGCAUCUUCCAGUUGGCGCCAUUACACUGGUGCAGCCCUGAAAGCUAAGCUGGGGAGCAAACUUUUGGUAGAUGGCUUCCACCAAGGAGGAUUGUUUUCAAAAUCCAUGGUAAUCUCCUGGGGUGGUAUGAAGGCCAGAGCUUUGCCGCCACUACCCCCCAUCAGGAACUUUAAUCUGAGAUCCCAUCCCUCCCCCAAAACAGCAACACAACCUUUACCAAUCCUGCAGUCGGAGAAAAGGAUGCAAAGAAAGCCUUGUAAGAGGAACAGAGAAGGUGGCAGCUACCAUUGCAAACAGAACUUUGGGCUCCCGCCACUUAGCAAAGACGACACUUCCAGACAUUUCGUUUGCACUGCGGGGGAAUCUUUGUACGUUCUGAAUGCAUCUCUGAAAUCUUCUCACCACUGUGGCCUGACACAGAGAGGAAAUGCUGCUCGCUGCAUGACCAUAGCCAGUACCUUCACAGAGAAACCAUGGCUGAAGCAGCUGAAUAUAGCAAGGUGUCUGGUCAGGAAGCACGCUGACUCAUGGCUGAAUAUUUCUGGACCUGCAUGCAGUCCACAUCUGCCCCCUGUCAGUCCCCGCCACCAUGGAUCUCAGGAGCUGCUUUGA